AUGUAUUAUUAUGAAUGCAAAAAAUUCGUAGACAUAGAAAAAGAAAUCGACUCAGUCCAAUUAGAGAGUUUACAUCAAUCAGGAUUAAUAUCAAGACCAGAACCAUUAAUUUUAAGAGACGUAGAUUAUCAACAACAAAAGGCUAAAACAUUAAUUAUUGAUGAUGGAUACAAAUUAAAUCAAAUACCUCCAGAUUAUGUUGAAUCAACUGAGAAUAUUAAUGAAUCGUCAAGUAGAACAAUCAAUGAAGUAAUCGCUCCAAGCGUCGACCAAUUUGAGAAUUUAAAUCACCCUUCUACUCAAGCAACUAAAGGAACUCAAACACAACUGAUUAAUCAAGAACCAAUUAAACCAUCAAAAAGUUCAGCAGACAUAACUCAACAACCACCUUAUAUCAAUGAAAAGGGCAACAAACCAAUUUUAGUCAGGUAUGAAUCAACUGAAUAUGAUUUUUGUACUGCUGCUGCUAUGGUUAUUAUAAUUUGUUUGUUGAUUGGAUUAUACAUUGAAUUAAAACUCUUGUAG